AUGACAAUGAAAGAUUUCAGUGUUUUUCUUGUCUGUGCAGUCUUAUUGUUUUCCAAUGUGAAUGCAUCAGCAGUACAAGAAACAGCGGAUGAUGAAGUUCAAGAACGAUUUAUUCCAGUGGUUGCAGCGGUCAUUGCUCGAGUCGUCACUAUUCUUGGACCACGCGUGACAAUUUUUGCUACAUGUAUGGGCGGUGCUUUUACAUUGGAAUGCGGUCAGAAGAUGUUAGACUGUGCAAUGCGUGGAAAAGCUCCUUGGGAGUGCAUUGGCGGACUUUGGUGUAGUGGGAAAUCGGCUGCUAAUUGUGCUAAGCUUUCCGGCUGA